UUUUUUUCUUCAAAUAUUAAUAGUCAGUGACAGUGACAAUUUAAAAAAAAAAUUAUUAAAUAACAAGGUAGAAUCGUGAAUAACAUCUGAAACCUAUUUGGGACACCCCAGGUAGUCGGCCGGAUUUUAUUGUUCGGAGCCGAGCAGAUGCCGUGCGAGAGAGAAAGAAAAACUCAAAGUUAUUUCUUUGUUUUCUAUCGCGCACUAGAUUUGAGCAUUUUUUAGUAUGUAACAGAUUUUUGGUGGGAUCAGACGUGUUUCAUUUUCUUGACAGUGAAAAAUAUAGCUAUGGAACAAUUAUCGAGAGCUGACUAUGAUCGGUUAAGUGCAACCGAAAGGAAUGAGGAAAUAAUUUCGAAUACAGAUCAUACAUUUGACAUGUGGCACUCCAAUUCUUAUCCGCAGUAUCCCGCGAUGAUGGGAUUGACGAGAUUCCAUAAUAUUCUGCGUUUUUUGCGAUUCAACGAUGGUAAUACUCGAAGUGAACGUAAAAAAGAAGACAAGGAAGCUCCAAUUCGUGAUGUAUGGACAAUGUUUAAUUUAAAUUUAGCUCAGAUGUACAAACCAACUGCUAACUUGACGAUUGAUGAACAGCUUUAUCCAUACCGUGGCCGUACUGGAUUUACUCAAUAUAUUCCAUCGAAACCAGCUAAGUAUGGUAUAAAGAUCUGGUGGAUUUGUGAUGCAGAAAACGCAUAUCCUUUGCAAGGGAUUAUGUACACUGGUAAAACAGAUAAUACUCGAUAAAAAAAAUCAGGGUGGAAGAGUAGUGAAAGAAUUGGCGGCUCCGUACCGAGGUAGUGGGAAAAGCACCUGCAUGGAUAACUUCUUUACUACUGUACCAGUUGCUAAACAUUUGUUGUCGUGGAAUAUUACCAUUGUUGGGCGAAUAAGACACGGGAGCAGUAUUCGACAGCUUUUGGAUUUCACGAAAAGGUUACCAUGUGUUCCUACGUUCCUAAAAAAAAUAAAGCUGUCAUUCUGAUAUCUACAAUGCAUUCAGAUAUAUCAGUUGGUGAUGACGCUAAACGAAAACCAGAAAUAAUAAAUUUUUAUAAUAAAUAUAAAGCUGGAGUUGACAAUAUGGACCAAAUGGUGCGGAGAUACACCAGUCAACGACGAUCUUCGAGAUGGCCAAUGGCAAUGUUCUUCAACAUGCUAGAUAUUUCUUCACUUGCGGCAUAUAUAAUUUAUUAUGAAAAUAAUAAAAUGAUUAUCAAAAAAAGACAGAACGUCGUCAAUUUAUGCGUAAACUAAGUGAAGAACUAACAUUGCCGAUGAUUGAACAUCGCACGGCGAAUCCACAAGUAAUGCGCCACUUCUCAACAAAGAUUGCCAUUGAAAUUGUAUUAGGCCAUAUACUGACUGAAACAGUCGUGAUAAAUCCUGGUCCAGAGACUCCAAAAGAUAAAACCGAAAGGAAAAAAGUAACAGGAUCUUGUCAUGUCUGCAAUGCUUUGCCAAUAAGAAGACGGCGAAAGACACGUAAGGCCUGUGCCAAUUGUCACCAACCUGUGUGUGACGAGCACUCAGUUAAUCGAGUUCAAUGUCAUUAAUUAUAGAAAAAGUGUAAUAUUUCUUUAUUUUUUUAAUAAAAUUUAGUUGCAUGCAUUAAUGGAAAUUA